GUUUAAGAUAAUAAAGAAAAAUUGCUGCACUUGUGGUAGAGGACAAUCAUAUUACAUAUUUAUUAUCUAUUGAGAGUAUCUGAGCAAACUGUAAAUUUGAUUAGUGUAAAGACCAAUGCAGUGUUUCCUGUAUGCUUCGGGAAAGAAAACUUUUUCUGGUAAUCAUGCCUGAAGAUGACUUGCUGAUGUAUGCAUAGCCAUGGCAGUGUUUUACUACAUGAUGGCAGCAGAGUCUGGUCCAGAGGUAGCAAGCUUUAAUUUGGCCUGGUUGUGCGAGGAGAACAAGGAGGGCGUAACAUCUACGUUUAGCAAGGAAUGCCAGUGGAGACAUUAUAACCUUAGUGUCCACCGGGAACCUCAGUUUGUUGAUCCAUAUUCUUAUAUCAAGAUGGGAGAUUACUACUGGUUUGGAUGUGAAGGAAUUAGAAAUAUUUCGAAGGCUGCAGCUUAUUAUUCAGCAGCUGCUGUUAAACAGGAUCCACAUGCACUGUUUAAUCUUGCCUUUAUGGUGGAAGAAAGAGCAGACAUUCCAGAUUCUGUGUGGGAGCAGUUAAACAUUCCACAUCGUAUUCGUCACAACAAUGUGUCCAUUCUCAUGGAGCUCUAUGAAAGAUGUCGAGAAUCAAGCAAGAGUGAAGCGUUUAUCCCAUGCUCUCUAGCACUAUAUCGUGUGUGGGCUGUUGAUCUUUGGACAAGGUAUCACAUAUGGAUGAAGCUGCCAAUGUAUGCAGGCAUCUUUGUGGCUAUUUUUGGCACCGCAUACUUAAUACACAGGUGUAUGGUUCGUCAGAAUCCAUUGGAUGAGGAUAUGUUGCAGUUAUAAGUUUUGCAAAUGUCACUAAAAAUCAUUAACUGAUCGAGUGGCAUUUUCAUGGAGAACCUUUUUUCACUGAGGAACUUAAUGCAACUGAUAAAAAUGUUCCUGUGAAUUAGCCUUCCUUGUGAGUUUUGAACAAAUCCAUUAUACGAUAAUUUUAAAACAGUUGGCAAAAUAUGAUAUUCCUCUAAUGAUAAUGUUUCAUAUUUUGACAUUAAUGAAAUCUGUAAAUGAUCACAUCUCUCUUGCAUUCUUAGAGUUAUGACCCCUGCCAACAUUUAAAUCACCAAACCAUGCAUUAGCCUUUUAACCAAAAGCAAUAAAAACACUUAGAGAUAAAACUAUAGGAUAAACAAUUAAUUUAGUGCUAGAUUUAGCUUGCCGAACAGUACAUGAUUUGAAGUGGUUAUAAAUAUUGUGUACUGCAUUUCAAUUUUAUCUUUUUCUCAUUUCAUCACUAUGCAUUUAGUGCACAUAACUUUAGUCACAUGGAUUUCAAAGUGUUUUUAGUUUUUUCCUUUAUUUAUUACAAGAAAAUGUGUACUUGUACAUGCUGCCUUAUUUUUAUUAUGCUUGCCAAAUUGCUAUCCAUGAGUUGUCACUUUAAUGUCAUUGUUAAAGCUUUAUUACAUUUUAAUAAACAUAUUUCAACAUCUCAC